AUGGUUCGAAUCAAGCGAAACCAAAGGCAUUCGUCCCAAGAUGCUAAGGAUCAAAGACUUUUGGGAUAUGGAGCGGCUUGUCGGACUACAUCCGAGAAGGCGUCGGUGAAUACGGCUGCCAUCUAUCUUGAUGAUGCUAAGGAUCAAAGACUUUUGGGAUAUGGAGCGGCUUGUCGGACUACAUCCGAGAAGGCGUCGGUGAAUACGGCUGCCAUCUAUCUUGAUGGUUCAGCCAAGUUUUGGUGA